AUGGGACAAUGUUGCCCCGGUGCAGGGCCAGGCCCGAUCUACAAGGCUCUCCGCCACAACACCCUGGCGCGGGUGACCACCAACAUGGACUUGAGCCUCUUGCGCUUAAACUUCGACCCAUCGAGGCACUUCCGCCAGGUCUACUGCCUCGGGCGGGAGCUGGGUGAAGGGAGCUUUGGCUCCGUGUACACAUGCACGCGACGUCUGACAGGGGAGGAGCGGGCAGUGAAGCAGCUGCUGAAAUCCCGCAUGAAGGACGGAGGCGAGGAUGUUCUAAAUGAGCUGGAGGUCCUCGCGAAGCUGGACCAUCCCAACGUGGUGAAGUUUUUCGAGUUUUUCGAAGAUGACCUUGCCGUGCUCGCUGUGACGGAGCUUUGCGAAGAGGGAGACUUCACCUCUUUGCUGCCGCGGGGCACUGCCGAGGAGUCCGUCCGCCUCCUGUACAGGGACGUUAUGUUGGGCCUGGCCUAUUGCCACUCCUUCGGCAUUGUUCACAGAGACCUGAAGUUCGCCAACUGCGUCGUUACCAAAGGGCACGACCGGGCGAUGGCGAAGAUCAUUGACUUUGGACUCUCUGCCGGGGCUCCUGUUGAGGGUCAGGGGCCUGCAGAGGGCUUUAGAACUUUGUUUGGGGCCCUUUUGGGGAGUUUGCAGCACGAGCCGGCCCCGCCUCAAACUCACACCGCAAAGAGCAUCAAGGAGCGUCAAGGAGCAUCAAGGAGCAUCAAGGGCAUCCUCACAGGUUGUCCGGUUGGGGCCAACCGGAGGGUGGUGGCCGUGGGGGAGGGGAAGGCCAGCGGUGCCAAGCAGCUCAAGCUCACUGAUGCUGACAUGAUGAAGUAG